GAGGGCUCUUUUUUUCCCCAACUCGGCUCUCUGCAGUCCUCGAGAUUCGCGCGGCCGUGUUACUGGCUCGGCUUCCGUUGUCUAGCGUCCCAAGCUAGAUCUCUCUCCCUCCCCCUGCUCUCGCCCUCCCGGCGCUUUGGCGGCUUUAUAGAUCUGGCUGCUGGGGCGACGACGCGGAGGCCGGCCGGAGAUUCUUCGUGAGGCCAGGGGGAAGGGGAAGCCAUGGAGCUGGGGGCCGGCGGGAUGCGGCGGUCGGCGUCGCACACCUCGCUGUCCGAGUCGGACGACUUCGACCUCUCGCGCCUGCUCAACAAGCCGCGGAUCAACGUCGAGCGCCAGCGCUCCUUCGACGACCGAUCGCUCAGCGACGUCUCCUACUCCGGUGGCCACGCCAGGGGGGGCGGGGGCUUCGACGGCAUGUACUCCCCCGGCGGCGGACUCCGCUCCCUCGUCGGCACGCCGGCCUCCUCCGCGCUCCACUCCUUCGAGCCCCACCCCAUCGUCGGCGACGCCUGGGAGGCACUCCGCCGAUCCCUCGUCUUCUUCCGCGGCCAGCCCCUCGGCACCAUCGCGGCCUACGACCAUGCCUCCGAGGAAGUCCUCAACUAUGACCAGGUGUUUGUGAGGGAUUUCGUGCCCAGCGCCAUGGCGUUUCUCAUGAAUGGUGAGCCGGAGAUUGUCAAGAACUUCCUGCUCAAGACCGUGCUGCUGCAGGGGUGGGAGAAGAAGGUCGAUCGGUUUAAGCUCGGGGAAGGGGCCAUGCCCGCCAGCUUUAAAGUGCUUCAUGAUGAUAAGAAGGGCACUGAUACCCUGCAUGCUGAUUUCGGGGAGAGCGCGAUUGGGCGGGUUGCGCCGGUCGAUUCAGGAUUUUGGUGGAUCAUACUCUUGCGGGCCUACACAAAGUCCACCGGGGAUUUGACUCUGGCAGAGAAGCCUGAGUGCCAGAAGGCGAUGAGGCUCAUACUGAGCCUGUGCUUGUCUGAGGGGUUUGAUACCUUCCCGACAUUGUUGUGCGCUGAUGGUUGCUGCAUGAUAGAUCGCAGGAUGGGUGUGUAUGGUUACCCCAUCGAAAUUCAAUCCCUUUUCUUCAUGGCACUGAGGUGUGCUCUUCUCAUGCUCAAGCAUGAUGCUGAAGGGAAAGACUUCGUGGAGCGGAUUGCAACUCGUCUCCAUGCUUUAAGUUAUCACAUGCGGAGCUAUUUUUGGCUGGAUUUCCAGCAGCUAAAUGAUAUUUAUCGUUACAAGACUGAAGAAUAUUCCCACACAGCUGUCAACAAAUUCAACGUCAUUCCAGAUUCUAUUCCGGACUGGCUAUUUGAUUUUAUGCCUUGUCAGGGUGGGUUUUUUGUUGGUAAUGUCAGUCCUGCAAGGAUGGACUUCCGUUGGUUUGCACUUGGAAACAUGAUUGCCAUAGUAUCAUCUCUCGCUACACCUGAGCAAUCUAUGGCCAUAAUGGAUCUUAUUGAGGAGCGCUGGGAAGAGCUAAUUGGUGAAAUGCCUCUGAAGAUAUGCUAUCCUGCUAUCGAGAACCAUGAAUGGCGAAUUGUGACCGGAUGUGACCCGAAAAAUACGAGAUGGAGUUACCACAAUGGAGGAUCUUGGCCAGUACUUCUCUGGCUGCUCACCGCAGCAAGCAUCAAAACUGGACGGCCGCAGAUUGCAAGAAGAGCAAUUGACCUAGCUGAGAGGAGGCUGUUGAAGGACGGCUGGCCUGAGUAUUAUGAUGGGAAGCUUGGAAAAUACGUUGGCAAGCAGGCAAGAAAAUUCCAGACUUGGUCCAUUGCAGGAUAUUUGGUUGCAAAGAUGCUGCUGGAGGACCCUUCGCAUCUUGGCAUGAUAGCCCUGGAGGAGGACAAGGCGAUGAAGCCUGUUUUGAGAAGGUCCGCCUCAUGGACAAACUAAGAUAUCGACGAAUACUUUUAGGGGAGCAAAGUCGGAUUGAAACACGAAUUCUUUCGGGUAGGACAUCUCUGCUCAUCCCUUCCUUUGACUUUCCUAACCGGAAAGGUUUAUUUUCCACUGGAUUCCUUGGUUGUACAAUAUCCCAGCUCAUUCCUUGAGUCAAAAAAGAAGCAAUUGUGGAAGUGAGCGUUUUGUUUUCUCGUGUUUUCUUUCACUCCAUUGUAAGAAGAUACUCUGAUUCUUGCUUGGGUCACCCUGAAGUUAUGGAUCCUUUUGGUUGGACUCAAACUUUGUUGUAUGAGUUGACUAUAUAGAUGAGUAGGCUGAUUCCAGCUCUCUGUGAUGAACAGAAGUGCCACUCUAACGAAUAAAGAUCUCCCCAUUUUCUGCAGUGCUACAUGCCUGCGAAUCAA